AGCACUGACAGAGACGGAGAACGCUGUUGGACUGGAAUCCAAUUGGAAUCGCCUCGGUGCUCGUUUCGGUCCCGGGCUGUGAUCGAUCUCCUCGAUCUCCGCACCCCGCACCAACAACAUCAGCAUCAACAUCAACAUUACACCUCUUGAGCCACCAGUUCCAUCAGUCAGCCAGCAGCCAGCCAGUCAGCCAACAACAACCACCUACACCACACACGCACAUUCACAUAUAUACAUAUACAAAGCACACACACACAUCGCAGUAACAGCAACAGAAGCAGCAGCAACAACAACAACGAAAACAGGAGUUGGAGCUCCUUGAAAUGGGCACCAUCUCAUCCGUGCUGCAGUGGUCGUGCACCAAGUGCAACACGAUCAAUCCCACGGAAUCGCUCAAGUGCUUCAACUGUGGCACCGUGCGCAAGGUCUUCCCCAAUCCUAUUCAGCAGCAUCAGACGCAGCAGCAGCGGCGAAUAGCAGGAGGAGGAGGAGGAGCAGGAGGAGUUGCUGGAACUGGAGCCUGGCCAGCUGAUGGAGUCGAGCAGUCGGCGGAUAAGGAUAAGGGCAAGGCGGUUGCCAGGAGCGAGUACAAGCAUGUGUACAAGUCGCUGCUGCGCGGAUGCCUGAAGCGGCCGCAAAGGAACAGCCAGAACCUGCCCGCCAACUGUGUGGAUUGCGAGGAUACGCGCAAGUACAUCAAGAGCUCCAUCGAGCUCUAUCGCCACUUCUCCAAUCCGGCACUGAACCGGCGUUGGGUCUGCCACGCCUGCACCACCGACAACAGCUCCGUCACCUGGCAUUGUCUCAUCUGUGACACGGUUAGCUAUCUGGCGCCCAUCUACAAGGACGGCAUUAGUGGUGGCGGCGGCGGUGGCGGGGGAGGUGAUCGGGGCCAGGAGCUAGCCGGCAGUUUGGGCAAUCGGGGCGAGCUGCUGGCGGAUAGCCAUCAUCACCACCAGCAACAACUGCAUCAGCUGCACCAUCACAAUCACCAGGAGGAGGAGGAACAGCAUCCCAGCUCGCAUCCGCCCCAGCUACAGUCACAUUCCCAGCACUCGCACAAGCGACUGCUGAAAAGCAGCAGCAGAUCGGGAUCGGGAUCGGGAUCGGGAUCUGGCUCCGGCUCAGGUUCAGGAUUGGCGGCAUCGGGUGGACUAAGACGCACCCAAAGCCUAAGCACUGCUAUCGAUAAGAGCGCCUCCGGGCGCAGCUGUCACAUCUGUUAUGCGAAUAACCAGAGCAAGGACAUCUUCAACCUGCCGCAGGUUAAGCCAUCGCCACAGCUGACGACAGGCACUCCACCCAUCGUGGCCGCUUGCAGCAACUCCCGGUUCGCCAUCGCCAACGAUACGUUUUGCCGGCGCAAGCAGAACAACAACAAUAAGAACCAGAACCACAAGGUGGUGCGCGAGAGCGGGGCCAAGCGGAAGUACAACUUCACCAUUACCACGCUCUCGCGCUCAGCGACCAAGGAUGCACCACACAAUCCGGCGAAGCCCCAGCGCCAGCCCCUGAAUCUCCAUCAGCAGCUGCAGCAGAAGCAUCAAACCCAAAACCAGAGCCAGAAUCAGAGCCAGAACCAGAACCAAGGCCAGGGCCAGGGUCAGCAGCUGCAGCGGAAAGUGCAGCGAGAGCCAGCAGCAGUGAGUAUGAAUCCAUCGCAGUUCACCAUUCCGCGGAACGGCGUCUUCAUAGCCGUCAAUGAGUGGUCGGAGCCAGCGGCAGCCAGCUCCAGUUCCAGUUCGAGUCAUCAUCAUCACCAUAGCAACUGCAUCAACAACAACAACAACAACAACAUCAGCAGCAGUAGCAGCAGCAGCAACAAUACCAGCAACGGAAACAGCAACAAGUUGUAUGAGAACGAGUGCGUAGCUUUGGCCCAGCAGCAGCUGAGAGCAGCUGCUUCCCAGGCAGCCCAGGCAGCUGCCACGGCGGUGGCCAUUGCCAGUUCGGAUAACCCAGUUUCAGUGCCCAUUUACGCGCAAGUCAACAAGCAGCACAAGCUCAAGAAGAAGCAGCAACAACAACAGAUCAGCGCCAGCAACGAAUGUACGCAGGCGAACAACAAUGGCAGCAGCGGAGGAGAGACCAGUGAUCUCACCAACAGCGAAUCCAUGACCAGGCUAGCAGCCAGCACCGAUGGCAGUGGCGGUGCCAGCGGCGAGGCCAGCGAGUCUGAGCUGCAGAUUGAAGAGCAUUCUAUCUACGCCAAGGUGUGGAAGGGACCACGCAAGGCGACCGAAUCGAAAAUCACGCAUGAGCCACCAGGGGGCAGCGGUCGCCUGAUAGUUGCCAGCGCCACAGCAGCAGCCGGAGCAGCAGCUGGCCUUCGUCAGGACAAUAAAGGCAGCAACGGCAGCCGCAGCAAGAUGUGGACAUGCAUCAAAUGUUCCUAUGCCUACAAUCGACUCUGGCUGCAGACGUGCGAGAUGUGCGAGGCCAAGGUGGAGCAGCAGCAGCAGCAGCAGCAGGCAGAAACACCCCGCGACGAGCCGUGGACGUGCAAAAAGUGCACACUGGUCAACUACUCAACGGCCAUGGCCUGUGUUGUCUGCGGCGGAUCCAAGCUGAAGAGCAUCUCCUCCAUUGAGGACAUGACGCUGCGCAAGGGCGAGUUUUGGACCUGCAGCCACUGUACCCUUAAGAACUCGCUCCAUUCGCCGGUGUGCAGUGCCUGCAAGUCACUCCGCCAGCCGCAGCUAUCCAUGGCCAUGGAGGCAGUACGUGAACGCCCAGAUGGUCAGUCAUACGAGGAGCAGGAUGCCAGUGCAGCUCCUGGAGGCUCAAGUGGCGGUGUCGAGGUGAAAACCCCCACAUCUCUGAAUCUUCCUUUGCCACCUGUUUCGCUGCCUAUGCCCUUGCUGCAGAUACCAGCGGCUUCGGCGCCAGGACAUCGUGGCUCGCGCAGUCCCUCGCCCAGGAUGCAGCAGCAGCAGCAGCUGCCGCCGCUCCAGCAACAGCAACAGCUGCAGCAGCGCAGCUCCUCGGGUGCCAUACCCAAGCGUCAUAGCACCGGCGGAUCCAUUGUGCCCAGGAAUAUCUCCAUUGCCGGCCUGGCCAGCUACAAUAUUCAGCAGGGUCAAGGUGUGGCCUCCGCCUCGGUGGCCGUUGCAGGAGUUGGCCCAACCGCCAGCUCCAGUUCCAGUUCCAGCACUGCCAAAAAGUGGCAAUGUCCGGCAUGCACGUACGAGAACUGUGCCGCUUCCGUUGUCUGUGACAUCUGCUCCAGUCCGCGUGGCUUGGCCACCGCUGUCUUGGGUGAAGCCCUGGCCAGAAAAUCGAUACGCGUGGCCCUCACACCGGCGGACAUUCGGCAGGAGAGCAAGCUAAUGGAGAAUCUGCGCCAGCUGGAGGAGACCGAGGCGCUGACCAAGUGGCAGAACAUCAUCCAGUAUUGUCGUGACAACAAUGAGCUCUUUGUCGACGACUCAUUUCCGCCGGCCCCGAAGAGCCUCUACUACAAUCCGGCUGGGGGAGCCGCCGAGGGUAAUCCCGUGGUGCAAUGGCGUCGUCCGCACGAGAUCAAUUGCGAUGGCGGUGCGUAUCCGCCGUGGGCGGUCUUUCGAACGCCCCUGCCCUCGGAUAUUUGCCAGGGCGUCCUUGGGAACUGUUGGCUGCUCAGCGCUUUGGCCGUGCUGGCGGAACGGGAGGAUCUCGUGAAGGAGGUGCUGGUCACCAAGGAGAUAUGUGGCCAGGGGGCGUACCAGGUGCGCCUCUGCAAGGACGGCAAAUGGACGACGGUGCUGGUCGAUGAUCUGCUGCCGUGCGACAAGCGCGGUCAUCUUGUCUACUCGCAGGCCAAGCGCAAGCAGCUGUGGGUGCCGCUGAUCGAGAAGGCGGUGGCCAAGAUCCAUGGCUGCUACGAAGCUCUCGUAUCGGGGCGAGCGAUCGAGGGACUGGCCACGCUGACGGGAGCGCCCUGCGAGAGCAUACCGCUGCAGGCGAGCAGCCUGCCCAUGCCCAGCGAGGAUGAGCUGGACAAGGACCUGAUCUGGGCCCAGCUGCUAAGUUCGCGCUGUGUGCGAUUCCUCAUGGGCGCCAGCUGCGGUGGCGGUAACAUGAAGGUGGAUGAGGAGGAGUACCAGCAGAAGGGAUUGAGGCCACGACACGCCUACUCCGUGCUGGACGUAAAGGACAUCCAGGGCCAUCGGCUACUGAAGCUGCGCAACCCAUGGGGCCAUUAUUCGUGGCGCGGCGAUUGGUCGGAUGACUCCUCGCUGUGGACCGAUGAUCUGCGCGAUGCUUUAAUGCCGCACGGCGCCAGCGAGGGCGUCUUCUGGAUCUCGUUUGAGGAUGUCCUAAACUACUUUGACUGCAUAGAUAUCUGCAAGGUGCGUUCCGGCUGGAACGAGGUCCGGCUGCAGGGCACACUCCAGCCGCUGUGCUCCAUUUCGUGUGUACUGCUCACCGUCCUGGAGCCAACGGAGGCGGAGUUUACGCUUUUUCAGGAGGGGCAGCGCAAUUCAGAGAAAUCGCAGCGAUCGCAGCUGGACCUGUGCGUUGUGAUAUUUCGCACCAGAUCACCGGCAGCGCCGGAAAUAGGUCGUUUGGUGGAGCAUAGUAAGCGGCAGGUUCGCGGCUUCGUUGGCUGCCACAAGAUGCUGGAGCGUGACAUCUAUCUGCUCGUCUGCCUGGCCUUCAACCACUGGCACACGGGCAUCGAGGAUCCGCACCAGUAUCCGCAGUGCAUCUUGGCUAUCCACAGCUCCAAGCGCCUGCUUGUCGAGCAGAUCAGCCCCUCGCCGCACCUCCUGGCUGAUGCCAUCAUCAGCCUAACCCUGACCAAGGGACAGCGGCAUGAGGGGCGCGAGGGCAUGACUGCCUAUUACCUGACCAAGGGCUGGGCAGGUCUGGUUGUGAUGGUGGAGAACCGGCACGAGAACAAGUGGAUUCACGUCAAGUGCGACUGCCAGGAGAGCUACAAUGUGGUGUCCACGCGCGGCGAACUUAAGACGGUGGACUCGGUGCCUCCGCUUCAAAGACAAGUGAUCAUUGUGCUGACGCAGCUGGAGGGCAGCGGUGGCUUUAGCAUUGCCCACCGGCUGACCCAUCGACUGGCCAAUUCGCGCGGCCUCCAUGAUUGGGGGCCGCCGGGAGCUACGCACUGCCCGCCCAUCGAGAAUGUCCAUGGUCUGCAUGCGCCGCGGCUGAUCACCUAGGCAGGCUGCAGGCUGCAGAUCUCCAGGCAGCAGGCUGUGUCUCCCUGUGCUUGUGCUUGUGUGUAUUUUCCGUUCAUUUCUCAGUCCCCACUCUAGUCGACGCCCUUCAGUACCAAACCUCAGGAAUGCCCGAGGAUUUAAGCCAUUUCGAAAGGAGUUCCCGAGGAUUUUCGGAAGGAAUUUGUUCAGAGCUUGACCAUGAAGUCUGGAAUUCCAAGUUCCUGAGGAAUACCUUAGGUAUUUUCUACGGAAUUCCCCAGGAAGUUUCUUGGGAAUUCUUGAGGAAUUCCUCCAGAACAUGUAUAGAAUUUUUGUCGGGUAUUUCGAUUUGAACCGCCGGGAAUCGAACGGGAAAUUUUCCAUAAGUUAUGGUACUGUAGGGCUUGUUUUUUUUUUUUUUUGUAAACGUAUCAAGCAAGCAAGCAAGCGAGAAACCAAAACCAAAACGAGCAAACCAAUCGUAUAUGUAUAUGUGUUAAGAUCCGAAGCGGAUCGAAUCGAAUCGAAUGGGAUGGAGAGGCGAAUGGAGACGGAGAUUCGAGGUUGAUAUUGAGAUGCGGCGCAAUCCGAGGAGCUCCGGAGAGCGGUAAACUCGACACGAUUCCCUCGAGAUCAAUAAAUGAUAGGUUUUUGAUGUGAGCGCCGAUGAUAAUGGAUUAUGGAUAUAUAUAGAUAUGUAUUAUGAAUUUAAGUGCAUCCAAUAUUAAUAUGUGUAUUGUUUUAAAAAUAAAGACUACAAGUUAUAAAAUCCAAGCUGGCAGUCUGAAAUUC